AUGACUGGCAAAACUGCAUCACCAGCCAAAAAACCAGCACCGGCAGUGGCCAAGAAAAAGGCAGCGCCAGCCCCAAAGGAAGGAGCAGCCCCGAAGGAAGGAGCAGCCCUGAAGGAAGAAGCAGCCCCAAAGGAGGGAGCAGCCCCGAAGGAAGAAGCAGCCCCGAAGGAAGGAACAGCCCCAAAGGAAGAAGCAGCCCCAGCCCCAGCCCCAGCUACUGAAGAGCCCCCAGUCCCUGAGCAUCCCCCGGAGCAGCCCCCAGCCCCCACAGAUGAAUCUGCUCCCAUCCCCAUGGAAGCUGGAGCAGAAGCGACUCCAGUGCCUGCAGAAGGUUCCCCAGCUCCCUCAGCUGAACCCCCAGCCCCUGAACCUAAACUGGAGAAACCAAAGGAAGAGCCACCCAGCUGCCCCUUGUCCUUGGCUGUGGAAGAAGUGAGUGAAAACUCAUUCACACUGACCUGGAAAGCCCCGGAGCAGAUGGGCCGAGCAGGCCUGGAUGGAUAUGUGGUGGAGAUCUGCAAAGAUGGAAGUUCAGACUGGAAAGCUGUGAACCAGGAGCCUUUUCUUUCCACCCGCUGCACAGUCCCAGACCUCAGCUCUGGGGACAAGAUCCAUGUGCGGGUGGUGGCUGUCAGUGCCAGCGGAACCAGCGCCCCAGCCACCCUGGAGCAGCCCGUGCUCAUCAGGGAGAUCCUGCAGCUCCCAAAGAUCCGCAUGCCUCGGCACCUGCGGGAGACUUACAUCAGGCGUGUGGGGGACGCUGUGAACAUCAUGAUCCCCUUUCAGGGAAAGCCGCAGCCCGAGGUGAGCUGGAGCAAGGGAGGGCAGCCCCUGGACACCAACCGCAUCAACAUCCGCACCACGGCCCGCGACACCAUCUUCUACAUCCGCCAGGCCCAGCGCGGUGACUCGGGCAAGUACGAGCUCACCGUGCACAUCAACGGUGCAGAGGACAAGGCUACCCUGGACAUUCAGGUGGUUGAGCCACCCGGCCCUCCCCAGAACCUGAAGCUGGUGGAUGUGUGGGGCUUUAACGUGGCCCUGGAGUGGACCCCCCCUGCGGACAAUGGGAAUGCUGAGAUCAAGGGCUACAGGGUGCAGAAGUCAGACAAGAAGAGUGGGAAAUGGUUCACGGUGCUGGAGCGCUGCACCCGCACCAGCUGCACCAUCUCCGACCUCAUCAUUGGCAACACCUACUCCUUCCGAGUGUUCUCCGAGAACAUCUGUGGGCUCAGUGACAGCGCUGCUGUGGCCUCUGGGGUGGCCCACAUUGAGAAGACAAAAACCACUUACCAGUCAGAGAAGAUCCCCCAGCGGGACAUGAUGGAGCCUCCAAAGUUCACGCAGCCCUUGACAGACCGAACGACCACACGGGGCUACAGCACCCACCUCUUCUGCUCUGUCCGGGGCUUCCCCCAGCCCAAAAUCAUCUGGUUGAAAAAUCAGAUGGAGAUCCGGGAAGAUCCCAAAUACAUAGCACUGAUUGAUCAGGGUGUGUGCUCCCUGGAAAUCCGCAAGCCUGGCCCUUUUGAUGGGGGUGUCUACACCUGCAAGGCUGUGAACCCCCUGGGGGAAGCCUCAGUAGACUGCAGACUGGAUGUGAAAGGUAAGAUGCCCAAGUGA